AUUCGGUCAUCUUAUCUCUUGCAGUCACUCGUCACAUUGAUCCUUUGUAUCGGUAAUACAGAUUCACUUCCAACACUCGCUCAUCGCGCCAACAUGACACUACCUAUCGAUAAUCGGAGGUUCUACCUUGACACAGACACGUGCAUAGCCAUCAUUCACGAGCUCGAAACGAUAGAAGACAGGGCAGCGCCACGCAAUGAUUCCGUCGUCAAUACCAUCUCCGGCAGGGAUCUGUUUCGAUGGCAGACUCUGUUUGGUCUCACUGCCUCGGAAGCGGGUUUUGAGCUUCUCAUCCAUCGUACGAAGCAAAUAGAGCACAGACAUACCCCGAAGCCCAGAACACUAGAGCAAUGGCCAUGGGAGAGAUGCGAGAGGAUGGGGUUUGACAGGGAAAGCUACGACUAUUGGCUUGAGAAGGCAGACAAGGUUGGGCUAUUGGGUCCCAAGGAGACCGCCGCUUGGGUUAGCUACAAAACCGCAAAAUUCGACCUCUUCGUGCUGAGAUCCGUCGACGCCCACAUCAACCGCGCUCAUUGGGCACCCUUUAUAAACAGAAAAGCUAUACAUCAUACAGUCUACGACUGGAAAGGCUUCCAGCACUAUGCAAUUGUCCUCCGCGACUAG